AUGCGUAGUGCCGUGGAGAGCGGAGCUUUCGAGCUACUUGAGCGCACUCGCGUAGAGCGCGAGUCAGCCAGCCAAGCCUGCGUGGGUGGAGACCGUGAGACGCGUGCUAUACCCACCAGAAACCGUCCUCGAAACGCCCUAUUUAAUGUCACUGCGAGUCAGUGCAGCCGAUGGUUCUUCUGUCUUGGGUACACGGAGUAUUCUUUUCUUAAAUUUCCUUUUUCUUUUUUUUUUUUUUUCGUUAAUUUUGUCGUUGCAAAUUCGGACGAAUAUGUGAUAUCGAGUCGUUCGUUUCAGGCUUCCAGCUGAAAGGGAAGGCAAAUCGCAAUUCGAACUUUAAAUUCAACUUAAAUUCAAAGUUGAACGUUGACGAGAAGAGGACUUAUGCGCAAUGUUUCGAUACUUCGUAUUUAGAAUUAAAUGUGGAAAUUUCAGCAAGCGAUGCUCAAGAAUCGGAAGAAAAAUCGUAA